GCUUCUGGCAAGCGCCCGUUCACAGGCGUAACGUGUCUUCGUCUGAACCCAACAAACAGGAACUGCUCCGCCGUGUCAGUCUCAGCGCCCUGGAAGGAACCGCGUCCAGGAUUCGGAUGUCUUGCGUACUGUACUGCAUCCAGUCGGCGCCUGCGCUACUUCCUUACAGCUGACGUCACACCCAGCAUGGCGGUCAAGGUGCAGAUGACAAGAAGAGCCGACCCCCAUGAGUUGAAGGCAGUUUUUCUGAAGUAUGCCAGUGUGGUGGAGGAUGGGGAGCAUUACAUGACACCCAAAGACUUUGUGCAAAGUUACCUCGGUCUGCAAACGCAACCGCAACACAACCCCAAAACUGUGGGCCUCAUAGCUGGAGUGGCUGACACCACCAAAGAUGGGUUGAUCUCAUUCCAGGAGUUUCUGGCCUUUGAGUCAGUUCUAUGCGCCCCAGAUGCCCUGUUCAUCGUUGCCUUUCAGCUGUUCGACAAGACCGGCACGGGGAACAUUUCUUUCGAGAAUGUCCGUGACAUCUUCAGCCAGACUACUGUCCAUCAUCACAUUCCCUUCAACUGGGACUGUGAGUUCAUCAGGCUACACUUUGGCCAUGGGAGAAGCAAGAACCUCAGCUACUCAGAAUUCACCCAGUUUCUGCAGGAGCUGCAGCUGGAGCAUGCCCGCCAGGCUUUCGCCCAAAAAGACAAGGGGAAAAGUGGCACCAUCACGGCCUUGGACUUCAGCGACAUCAUGGCCACCAUCAGGCACCACAUGCUGACUCCAUUUGUGGAGGAGAAUCUGGUUUCUGCUGCUGGAGGAGGUACAUCCCACAUGGUGAGCUUCUCCUACUUCAACGCCUUUAACGCCCUCCUCAACAACAUGGAGCUGAUCCGCAAGAUUUACAGCACCCUCGUCGGCACACAUAAAGACACGCUGGUCACCAAAGAGGAGUUUGUCCAUGCUGCCAAUAGGUUUGGUCAGAUCACGCCAAUGGAGAUCGACAUCCUCUACAAACUAGCUGGUCUCCACACUCACUCGGGGCGGCUCAACCACAGUGACAUCGAGAGGAUAGCCCCGCUGGAAGAAGGAGACAUGCCUUACCACCUUGCUGAGGCCCAGAGACAGCAUACUCAUGAAUCGUCCCGGCCCGUCUGGCUCCAGGUCGCGGAGUCAGCCUACAGGUUCACUCUGGGCUCAAUUGCUGGAGCCACCGGGGCCACAGCUGUGUAUCCCAUCGACCUGGUCAAGACUCGCAUGCAGAACCAGCGGUCCACAGGCUCCUUGGUGGGCGAGCUCAUGUACAAGAACAGCUUCGACUGUGCCAAGAAAGUGCUGCGCUAUGAGGGCUUCUUUGGAUUCUACCGAGGUCUCAUCCCGCAGAUCAUCGGCGUGGCCCCGGAGAAAGCCAUCAAGCUAACGAUGAAUGAUUUAGUCAGAGACAAGUUCACCACAGUAGAUGGUUCCAUCCCUCUGGCUGCUGAAAUUCUAGCUGGUGGAUGUGCUGGAGGCUCCCAGGUGAUUUUCACCAAUCCUCUGGAGAUCGUAAAGAUCCGCCUGCAGGUGGCCGGAGAGAUCACCACAGGCCCCAGGGUCAGCGCCCUCAAUGUUGUACGAGACCUGGGCUUCUUUGGCCUCUACAAGGGAGCUAAAGCCUGCUUCCUGAGGGACAUCCCCUUCUCUGCCAUCUACUUCCCUGUUUACGCCCACACCAAAGAGAUGCUUGCAGAUGACGAAGGAAAAGUGGGGGCGCUGCAGCUGCUCGCUGCUGGAGCCAUUGCAGGUGUCCCCGCAGCAUCGCUCAUGACUCCCGCUGAUGUCAUCAAGACGAGACUGCAGGUGGCGGCCAGAGCGGGCCAGACCACGUACAACGGAGUAAUCGACUGCUUCAGAAAGAUCCUCAAGGAGGAAGGUUUCCGGGCCUUUUGGAAGGGUGCGGGAGCUCGAGUCUUCCGAUCCUCACCGCAGUUCGGCGUCACCUUGGUGACCUACGAACUGCUGCAGAGAUGGUUUAACAUAGACUUUGGCAGACACCUUCCAUCGGGAUCUAAGCCCACUCCCGCUCCAAAAUCGGAGGACCUCCCUCCAGUCAGUGCGGACCACGUAGGCGGAUACCGUCUGGCGGCUGCCACGUUUGCAGGCGUGGAGAGAAAGUUCGGCCUUCAGCUGCCCAAGUUUGAAGCUUCUGGAGCGGCGCAGGUCAAAGCUUCAGCACUGUGAGCUGCAAUGUGGCUCCUCGAGACACUUUUCCUGCAAAAAUGGCUUUAACUGAGAAAGUGACUCUCUCUUCAAAUGCUGCAUGAGUAUGGCUUUUUUUAGUUUACUUUGCAAGGCUUGCACAACUUGUACAUACUGUACUUCUUUCUAGAGGACAUUAUGACAUUGCAAAGGAUUGUUACUGUGUUUUUACUGUAUGCAAACGAGCUAUGGUGGUGGUGCAUGUCUGCUAUGUACAGAUGUUUUCAGUGUUUAUUUUGAUCCGGGGCUAUUAUUUUAAAUGUAUUUAUUUUCUUGGAAUAAAUGGUUUCAAACUGUU